GUGUGCUGCUGAUCAUUUUCUGUGUUUUUAGAUUCAGGGAAAUAGCCAUGCCUCUGCACAGUAUUGAAUGCCACAUUUUAAUCCUAGUUUGUGUUCUGCUGAUAAACUGUUUGGCUUUCAAAAACGAUGCUACAGAGAUUAAAUAUCCACGCGUGGUUAAUCCUGUGCAAGAAAAUUCUAAUAACGAUACAUUAAACCAGGCGAGAAAUGGAGGAAGACAUUUAGGAGAUUAUGGAACUGAUCAAAAUGAUGAGGCUCAGGUUGGCUGCAGAGAGCUCAGAUCCACCAAGUACAUCUCAGAUGGGCAAUGCACAAGCAUUAACCCUGUGAAGGAGCUAGUUUGUGCUGGUGAGUGCCUGCCUGCCCAGAUGUUGCCCAACUGGAUUGGUGGUGGCUACGGCAGAAAGUAUUGGAGCAGAAGAAACGCUCAGGAGUGGCGCUGCAUCACAGACAAGACCCGCACCCAACGCAUCCAACUCCAGUGCCAAGAUGGGAGCACAAGAACGUACAAAAUAACUGUGGUCACAUCCUGCAAGUGUAAGAGGUACUCCAGGCAACACAAUGAGUCCAGGCAUAAUUCUGAGGUGUCGUCUCCACCGAAGCCCAUUCAUAGUCGCACAGGGAAGAAGAGAUCAGGCAAGACGGGCAAGCACAAAGUUAGCUGGCAUGAACCGGAAGAAAAAAACUGAAUUGUGACUGUAACCACUCUGUAAACUGGAUUUUUCCAAAAACAUUUUUUUUUUUGUUUAACACUACUGGUUUGCCAAAUGUGGGACCCUAAUGGGACAUGUGAUUGAAUGGUAGUGUGUACCUAUGGCCCCGACAGUCAGUCAUUUGACGUCUUUGAUUUACAGCUUUUACGGUGCUAUGAGGUAUUAGCUGAGGUUAUGAACACCACUAGUCUAAAAUAUGUGAUAUACAAAGGUAUUUGAACCAAGUGGGAUGGUCAAAAUCUAAUUAAAAACGAUACUUAGUGACAGGUAUUUAAACAUGUACAAAACAAAGGUCUUUGAGAUGCCCCUCUCCAAUAUGAGUUUUGUUCAUAAUACCCACAUUUAAUUAAACAGAUCUUCCAUUUGCAGACCAGUCAUGAGCUUCAUUUAUAAUCAUCCAAAACAAAUAAUAUGAUUUGAAGUUCUGGCUUAUCAGAUCAAUGCAUGAUCUAAGAGAGAAAGAACGCAGACCUCUCUAGCCUGUUAUGGUCGGAAGUAACUUUUACUCUGUGGAGCCAUAACAUACAAUAACAUUUCAAUCUUCUGUGUUUAGAGCAUAAUUCUUUUAAUCUUUGCCAGCCAGUUCUGAAUAUACUUGUUUCAACGUGUUGUUAAUGAUGCAAUUCAUAGUAGUUUGUAACACCAUGAAAGCGCUGAUAUAAUUAAAAUAAGCCUUUUACUGAAAUAGUUUCAUUACUGCAAUGAAGACACAGAGAAACAGACCUAAACUACCUAUUUAUUUUAUUCCAUGUUAUUAUUAAAUGGAAAAAACAAACAACAAAAAAAAAAAAAACAUGGUUCAACAGAAUUAUAGAAUUGUCAUGUGUGUGUUUAUUAAGUUUUGUAGCUGGAAUUGAAAUGCUGUAUAUAAUGUAA